AUGGCAGGAUCCGAGUUCGACUAUGACGUUAUCAUCAUCGGAUGCGGAGUAGGAGGACAUGGAGCUGCUCUUCAUGCCCGUGGAAAGGGCUUGAAGACGGCGAUCUUCACUGGAAGGGACGUCGGAGGAACCUGCGUCAACAGAGGAUGUGUUCCUUCGAAGGCCCUGCUGGCUGCCGCAGGACGAGUCAGGGAGAUGAGGGACCAGAAGCAUCUCGAGGGUUUCGGGAUCAAAGUUGAGGGAGAAGUGAAGUACGACCGCGAGAAGGUGGCGGCUCAUGCUGAUCAGCUGUCUAAGAACGUCGCCAAGAACUUGGGCAACUCGCUCGAGGCCCUCGGGGUUGACGUCAUCCCUGAGGCUGGCCUGCUCGUGGGCCCCAACAAGGUCAAGAAGGCUGGAACCGACCAGGUUGUCACCGCAAAGGACAUCAUCCUUGCUCCUGGCUCCAUGUUGAUUCAGCCUCGCAAGGUCGACGGCUACACCAGCGUCUUUGCUACCGAGGUUGUGCCGGGCGAGCCGGGCAAGAAGCCGGUCAAGAUCAAGCUCGUGGACGCUAAGACCAAGGAGGAGAUUCCCGACUCUCCUCUCUACGUGGACGCUGCUCUCGUGUGCACAGGUCGUGUCCCCAACACGAAGACCCUGGGGCUUGAGAACAUGGGGAUCGAGACAGUUCGCGGGUUUGUGCAGGUGAACGAGAAGAUGCAGGUGCUGAACAAGGAGGGAGGAAGCGUCAUCCCCAACCUCUACUGCAUCGGCGAUGCCAAUGGCAAGAUGAUGUUGGCACAUGCUGCGUCUGCUCAAGGAAUCUCUGCCGUCGAGAACAUCUGCGGGCAUCCGCACGCAGUCGACCACAACGCCAUCCCCGCCGCUUGCUUCACCCACCCUGAGAUCGCCAUGGUCGGCCUCACCGAGGAGCAGGCGAAGAAGAAGGCUGAGGCUGAGGGCUUCACUCUCGGCAAGUCUACCGGCAGCUUCCGCGCCAACUCCAAGGCCCUGGCUGAGCUCGAGGGAACGGGCAUGGCCAAGUGCUUGUUCAACAAGGAUACCGGCAAGGUGCUGGGAGUUCACAUCAUCGGCAUCCACGCGUCCGACCUCAUCCAAGAGUGCGCCAACGCCAUCGCUGCCGGAACCACCGUGCAGGAGCUGUCGAUGAUGCAUUUCCCAGGGGCUGUACGUCCUGCCCUCCCCGACCGCUGCUGGGCAGCAGCCUUAGAGAUCUGA